GUCUCGUUGGCUCCCGUCCCCUGUGCACUUUGCAACGGUGAAACGUUCGUGGAGGAUUCGCAUCUGCGUUGACCACCAGGAUAAAAGCGGAAGUGGAACGGUGUACGUGAAGGAAACUCUUGCAUCGCUUUUCUACGCACGUGUAUACCACUUCGCCUUCCCAUAAUUGAAAGACACGCAAGCAACCACUAAGUUUGCCACACGGUUUUCUGUGUGUGUGCGCGUGCGUGUUCGUUGUAAUUGGUGUUCAUCCCGAUUUUCUCAAAAAAAAAAAUGGCUCAGCCGAUCGGCAAGGUCCCUAAACCGCCACAACGGCGGAACGAGCAGCCGGAGUCGGACAGUGUGCGGACCGUCAGCAUCCGGGCCCCGCCGGGCGUCAUCGCAAAGAAACCGCAGAACAGCGAGGACCGCAAAAGGAAGGCGGGCGCUAAGGCCAAAGCUGAUAAGAAGAAGGACGAGGAAAAGAAGCCGGGCUUCGCGGAUUGGACGGAUAAAGUGACCGCAAAAGGAGCGGAGAUAGCGAGCAACGCGAUGGCUGGUGCGGCCACGCUCAACGCGGCCGUCGUCGCCGGUGGGGAGAAAAUGCUCGAACGCCUCGUCGACGACUCCAGUGACGACGAAGACGACGUGGAAAGCUCGGACGAGGAGACGGAAGACGCCUGGAACAGCACGGCCGACUCGGCCAUCUCCAACACGCCCAGCGCAACCGCCGUCGCUAUUCGCAAUCAGCCGGCGGUGAACUUUCUCAACGUGGAGGAGGAAGAACGGAUCAAGGCGGAGCUGAAGGACGCCAAAAACUUGCGAAAGAAGCUGCGUAAGAUGAAGAAGCUGAUGAAGAAAUCUGUCAAGGGGGUUCGCUCUUUCAGCGAGGCGAAUGAGAACGCCCUCGCGGCGCUCCACGCGGCCACGGAUGACAAGUGCACGGACCCCACCAUCACCGAGCUGGCCGCCGCCGCCGAGACGCGCAUGCAGGAGGUCAAGCAGUCCAACGCCUUGUCGAAUUACACCACAAACAUUACGGAUCAGAUUUUGGAACAGAUCAAGCCCAUCAACGACCACGCAAAGAUGAUCUCUGUAACCGGUAAGGAGCGCAGAGCGGCGCGCGAUCGCCGCAUUCGGCUGGUUCUCGAGGAUGUGGACGUGGCAGACGAGGAGGCGUACAGCAAGUCCGUCGAUCUGGCGCGUGACUUUGAAGAGAAGGACCGCACCUACAAAGAUGAGUUUGUGAACUUUCGUGAGCAUAGCUCCUCCCAGCUCGGGCAGAUGCUGCGGUGUUACCUAUUGGAGACCGCCACCUACCUGGAAGCCGUCGCCAAGGCGAUGCGUGAGGCGGCCGGAGGCACCACCAACAACUACUACCUCAACAACGACUGCUGCGCCAAGUUCAAAGAUUUCAAGGUGGACUCGAAGUACCUCUCCCCCAUUCCGCCCCUCUACUCCCUACUCAACCCCGAGCGCGACAACGACGACCGCCUGACAGCAAAGCCGCACUCGCAGUCUGCCAUGCUCCCGCACCCGCCAGGGGAGAAUCACGCUCCAGCGGUCGCUGGCAUUCCCAUGACGGAGACAGGGGACAAAGCAGCAGCGGCAACGGAGCAGCAGCAGAGCACGUACGGCUCCUCCAGCUACUCCCGCGCAAAGGACAACACCCGCGUCCGCCGUGGCAUUGACGAUUUUCUCCUGACCGGUCAACUCCCCACCUCCGAUACCAACCGCACGAGUCCGCAACUUUUGCCGGGACGCAGCCCGAACCUGGAAGGCGCGCAGGAGAAGAUAAACGGCCCUCUCACCUCGUCCGAGAACCCGCGCGCACGGCCUACGAGCGCCUUCGGCACGUCCUCCACGAACAAGUCGCUGAUGAACUACAUCUAUUCCCUGGCAGAUGAGUACGGCAUUGAGCCGGACUUUCCAGUGGAGCGCGCUGAUGAGCUGGCCAACAACGAGGAGGCGAAGAGAGCCAUCAAGGACAACAGCGGUGAGGAUAAGGUGGAGGACAAAGACGAAGAACAUGCGUCGCGGCCGCCGAGUGUCGUGUCACGCGCCAAGAGCGCCACCCCGGACGGGUCGGUGAUUCUGCCUUCUCUGCACGGAAGCGGUCGCGUAUCAGCACCGACUGCCGUAUCUGUGGCGGCAAUGGAUGAAAUGUGA